GCUCCGGGCAAAGGGUUAAGGGCACCGGCUUCGCGGUGGCUUCACGUUCUUAAUGGGCAUGUGCGCAGCAUUCGCACAUGCCCAUUUAGGCUGGAGACUGGGCAGUUUCUGCUCUCGCACAGAGAAGAGCGUCGAAGCAGCAAAGCGCGGAGAGAGAGAGAGACGGAGAGAUCGAGGCAGGCAGAGUCAGCGAGAGGGAAAAGGAGCCAGAGAGAGGAGAGCGGGGACGCCAGCGAAGAGGGAGCUGGAGGAAUUGCCCAGACGUCUCUGGCUCCUGGCACCGAGAACCAGCGGAUCCCUUCGCUAUGCGCUGACAAAGAGAGAAGAGGCGGCAGCUUGACACCAAUGAAAUACACAAAACUGUAUCUCUGCGCUGAUCCGGGUCGCGAAGCCAUGAGGGAGCCGUUCGCCCCGGCGGGGAGCAACCCUCUCCCGAGCGCGCUUCUUCGGGGACUCCUUCAGAGGUGAGCCGGGAAACUUUGCCAUGCGCCACGUCGGUCCCAGCUCCGCGCCCGGCUCCCCUCGUUCCCUGGGCGAUCCCCUGAGGCGGGUGGGCAGCUCUUUCGCUCGGACCCCACAAGCCGGCGGCGCCGACAUGGAUCUGACCUGAAGUAGCCUCGGGUCCCCAACAAAGCAAAACAAAAACCAAGUGCGGGAUCCAGUCCUCGGAGCAGAAAACCCCGAGGCAGGCACGAAGAAGGGAGGGAGCCACCCACCUCCCUCUAUGUGUUAAGAUGAGGAGGAGGAUUCGUCCCUGGUGAUUCGCAGUCGGCUUCCAGCUAAGUUACCUAUAAAGGUUAUUUUAAAUUAGUAUUAUUUAAAGAAAACCCUCCCCGGGAGGCUGUUUCCUGUAUUGGUUGUGUUUCAAGCACCCCUCGGAUCCUUGAGUCGCGUGAGAAAGCCGGCGGAGAAGGGGGCGAGGAAGCGCUGCUUUGCCUAGCCGCCUGCUCAGAGCCACCUGGGCAUUGGCUAGUCAUUUGUUAAAGCUCAACAACUGUCAUGAAAAAGCCGCGGAGGAAACUGCCCCUGAACUCGCUCGCAAGUGGCGGCAGCAGCAGCAGCAGCGUGUGCUUUGAAACGGCGAGUUUCUCCCCCUGGGGCUUUUGGACUGAGGAAGAGGCGAGUCUCUUUCCUGUCAUCGUUUAGAGACGCGGGUGGGGGAGGAAACCCAUUCAUUCAGUUCUGCAGGUGUGUAAUCAGCCGGAGCCCCACGAUCUCCUGUGGAUCUACAACCGAGCAGCAGCAGCAACAACAACAAAUCCCAGCACACCUCCCAAAGGAUCAGGUGUCCAGGCUUCUGCGUGCGAAAUUUAUUAUUAUUAUUAAUAUAUAUCUCCCUCCCCCAUCCCUGCCCCCCACCAUCUCCCUUCAAGCCGGGGAGCGGGAGCUCCACUGAGAUUAGUCAGCAAGUGUGUCAAACCCCCAUUUCGAUCUACACACACACACACACCCCUCUCCUGGACCAACAAACAAAAACACCCCCUCUAAAAAAAAGAGGCACCCACCCACUUGGCUGGCAGAAAGCGCAACCACCCUCAAAAGAAACAAAGAGGUGUUGCCACCCAUCCGAUCUGGGUCUCCUUCCUUUAUCCCCACUUCUGGGUGUUGCUUCCUCGGCGCCGUUGCCCUUUUCCCUGGAGAGUCUUUGUUGCUGUUUAAAGUCAGACAAUGAGGCGCCGGGAAACUCCCCUCGGCAGCCUCCUAGACGGAGGCAAGCGGCUCUAGCGCCCGCCGUGCGCAGAGAGGCUGGCGGGGAGCGAGAGGCAGAGUUGCCUGCCUGGCCGGCCCCUUUCCGCCCGGAGGGGCAGCUGCCGCCGCCGCCGCCUGCCUGGGCUCCCCGAUGGUUUUGUCUGGGCUCUGGCAGAGCCUCCGAUCCCGUCGCGCGCGCCUCGCCCUCCUGCGCUGCUUCUGCACUAGGAUGUUGCGGCAGGUCUUGCACAGGGGGCUGAGAACGUCUUUCGCCAGACUCGGCCACUUCAUCGCCAGCCACCCGGUCUUCUUCGCCUCCGCGCCCGUGCUCAUCUCCAUCUUGCUGGGCGCCAGCUUCAGCAGGUACCAGAUCGAAGAGAGUGUCGAGCACCUGCUGGCGCCCAAGCACAGCUUGGCCAAGAUCGAGAGGAACCUGGUCAACAGCCUCUUCCCCGUCAAUCGGUCCAAGCACCGGCUCUACUCCGACCUGCAUACCCCGGGCAGGUACGGAAGGGUCAUCAUCACCUCCUUCGUGAAGGCGAACAUGCUGGACCAACACCACACCGAGCUGAUCUUAAAGUUGCACUCUGCUGUGACCAGGAUCCAAGUACAAAGACCUGGUUUCAAUUACACAUUUGCCCAUAUCUGCAUCCUAAAUAACGACAAGUCUUGCAUCGUGGAUGACAUUGUGCACGUCCUGAAGGAACUGAAGGCUGCUCGCUCGUCUAAUCAAACUAAUUUUGCUAUCACGUAUCCGAUCACACACUUAAAAGAUGGCAGGGAAGUGUACAAUGGGCACCAACUUGGGGGCAUCACUGUGCACAGCAAGGACCGGGUGAAGUCUGCCGAAGCCGUGCAGCUCACCUACUAUUUGCAGGCAAUCAACUCCCUGAACGACAUGGUGGCGGAGAAAUGGGAAUCCAACUUUUGCGACACGGUCAAACUGUUCCAGAAAUCCAACCAGAACGUCACGAUGUAUCCCCUAACUUCAUCAUCGCUUCAAGAAGACUUCCAAGAGACAAGUAGGGUGUCGGAACGCUACCUGAUGACAAGCCUGGCCCUCGUUGUAACCUUGGCUACGCUCUGCUGUUCCAUGCAAGACUGUGUCCGCAGCAAGCCCUGGCUUGGCCUCCUUGGGUUGUUAACUGUGAGUUUGGCCACUCUCACUGCAGCUGGAAUCAUUAACCUGACUGGUGGGAAAUACAAUUCUACCUUCCUGGGGAUUCCCUUCAUUGUGUUAGGGCAUGGAUUAUAUGGAACUUUUGAAAUGUUGUCCUCCUGGAGGAGAACGAGGGAAGACCAACACGUGAAAGAGAGAACUGCUGCUGUGUUUGCAGACUCCAUGCUCUCCUUUUCUCUCACCACUGCCAUGUACCUGGUCACUUUUGGGAUAGGUGCCAGCCCCUUCACUAACAUUGAAGCAGCCAGGCUCUUCUGCUGCAAUUCCUGUAUUGCAAUUUUCUUCAACUACCUCUAUGUACUCUCCUUUUAUGGUUCCAGCCUCGUGUUUACUGGCUACAUAGAAAACAACUACCAGCAUAGUAUCUUCUGCAGAAAGGUACCAAAGCCAGACGUCUUGCAAGAGAAGCCUGCCUGGUAUAGGUUUCUUCUGACAGCCAAAUUCAGUGAGGACACGGCAGAGUCAGAGGAGACAAACAGCUAUGAAAGCCACCUCUUGGUGUGUUUCCUCAAGCGUUAUUACUGUGACUGGAUAACGAACACGUAUGUCAAGCCUUUUGUAGUUCUCUUUUACCUUAUUUAUAUUUCCUUUGCCUUAAUGGGCUACCUGCAGGUCAACGAAGAGUCGGACAUUACUAACAUUGUAGCAACUGCGACACGAACCAUGGAGUAUACUGCUGCUCAGCAGAAAUACUUCAGUAAUUACAGUCCAGUCAUUGGGUUUUAUAUCUACGAAUCCAUCGAAUACUGGAACAUGACCGUCCAAGAUGACAUGCUAGAGUACACCAAGGGGUUUGUGAGGAUAUCGUGGUUUGAAAGCUACUUAAAUUACCUUAGAAAACUCAACAUAUCAACGGGUUUACCCAAAAAGAAUUUCACAGAUAUGCUGAGGAACUCCUUUCUGAAAGCGCCCCCGUUUGCCCAUUUUUCAGAGGAUAUCAUUUUCUCCAAGAAGUACAACAACGAAGUCGACAUUGUGGCCUCUCGAAUGUUCUUGGUGGCCAAGACCAUGGACACCAAACGGGAAGAGCUUUACCAUCUCUUGGAAACCUUAAGAAAGCUCUCCCUCAAAUCCAAGGUCAAGUUCAUUGUCUUCAACCCUUCGUUUGUCUACAUGGAUCGUUACGCCUCCUAUGUGGGGGCCCCCUUGCAGAACUCCUGUAUCAGUGCUUUAUUCCUCCUCUUCUUCUCUGCGUUCCUGGUGGCAGACUCUCUCAUCAAUGUGUGGCUCACGAUCACUGUUGCCUCAGUCGAAUUUGGAGUUAUAGGUUUUAUGACCUUGUGGAAAGUAGAGCUGGACUGCAUUUCUGUGCUGUGCUUAAUUUAUGGGAUUAAUUAUACUGUUGACAACUGUGCACCUCUCUUGUCAACGUUCGUCCUGGGCAAAGAUUUCACGAGAACUAAAUGGGUGAAGAAUGCCCUGGAGGUGCAUGGGGUAGCUAUUUUACAGAGCUACCUCUGCUACAUUGUUGGUCUGAUUCCUCUCGCAGCUGUGCCUUCAAAUCUGACCCGUACACUGUUCAGGUGCUUGUUUUUGAUAGCAUUAGUCACCUUCUUUCAUUGCUUUGCCAUUUUACCUGUGAUACUGACUUUUCUGCCACCAUCCAAGAAAAAGAGGAAAGAGAAGAAAACUCCUGAGAACCGGGAGGAAAUAGAAUGUGUUGAAAUGGUGGAUAUGGAUAGCACCCGAGUGGUUGACCAAAUUACAACAGUCUGACUUAGUUGGUUUGUUUUUCUUUUUAAAAACAAAACAAAACAAAACAAAAAAGCCACCCUAGAUCUUACCAAGAGAUGAAAAUCAUAUUGAUUAUAUAAACAAUGGUGUUUGGAUGUCUGUUUUCAAAUUAAAACCAGUAGCAUCCAAAGCAGUGUGUGAAGGGGAAAAAAAUAGCUAUACAUUGAUUGGCCUUCACAUAAAAAGUACAGUGAAAUUUACAUUCACCCAAUACAAAGAGAGUGUCAGUUUGGGUUGCUGCCUGAGAUAAGAGAGUAGUAGAGUUGGGUUGGUGACUAAAUAGCAUACUGCUUGUGUUUGUCCUGCAGAUGUUCCUGCCCUUGUGGCAAAAUCCCAGCACAUUGAAAGGUCAACUGUCAAGGCUGAAGGAGCAGUUAAGUGUACGUUUUGGACAUCAAGGCUAUAGGAAACUUUCAAUACAGCAAUAACUCAAGUCAGUGAGUCAGCUAUUAUGGAUCUUAGCCAUCACAUCUAACUUCCCUUUUUGUUGCUUCCUCUCCCACUCCCUCCACCGCCUUUUCUGAAUGGAAAUGCAUAUGCAAGUUUGUUAAACAACAACAACCACAAAAGGCCAAGAAGAUUUUUUAUAUAUAAAAAAAAUACAUACGCAAGGGUAAAAUACAGCAAUCACUGUCAAUGUAGGGUCAUGUUGCACUUGCCUUCUUUUCUGAAUCAAGAGAUGUUUUAAAAUGUAAUCAACCCCCAGUAUAUUUUUUUAAUAUAACAUAAUUUUGUAGCAUUUCUUUUUUUUCUUUUUAAAGAAAACAGGGGAAUAAUGAUAUGUAUACAACACAGAGACAAUUCUUGUUCUCUGAUCCAGCUCCGCUUUCUGAAUGUGUUUGUCUCAUUUAGGAGACCUGGUUUACUGAUGCUAUAUUUUGUAGCACUCUCUUAAAUAUGCUAGGGGGUCUAGUGGCAGAAUAGAGAAAGGGUCUAUUAAGAACUUCACCACCAAAAUCCAUGAAAUAAGCCUCCGAUGCCUAAAUUUCACCAAGCAAAUGUGAAUGUUAGGGCUCUUUUUAAAAUAUGAGCCUUCACUCCAGGCCAUUCACUAGUAAUACACGUGAUGAGGUUCAAUGAGCAGCUUUACGUAACAUGUAAUGUGGGCUACGGCCCUCUGUCAGUAAUUUCCAUUUCAGUAAUCUCGACUGUAGACCAUGAGUCACGGAAAUUAGGGGGGCCACUUUCAAAGAAGUGGCUUUUGAACUCUCAGUAUUGCAUCAAGUUUAUGUUAAGAGCAGAUGUCCUGAUAAUAAUGGAAAACAAUGGACACCACCCCUGCCCUUAAUAAAUAAAUAAAUGUUUGAUACAGAAAACUAGAGGCAGGUGGAAACCAAUUUAACAGAUAAAUUAUUAUUGCAAUGAUCUAUGCCAGAGGAGUUUUUAAGAUAUUCCUGUCUCUUUCCUUAUCUUAGCUAAAGCAAUGCUACUGCCCCUUACAAGCUUUAAUGAAAGUGUUAGAAACCAAAUCUUACAAUGCUGCUUUAGCUUCCAUGCCACAGGAAAAUAUCCUGUGGAUAGUAACCUGCAGGCCACCCCCACCCACCCCAGU